AUAAAAGCUUCGAGGACGCAUUCUGCGUACAUUUUCUUGGUUACCACCCGGAUUGUUGUUCACGUGCUAGACGCCACAGGACCUUGCGCCCGCUUGUCGCCUCCGCGCUUGAGGCAGCCAUAGAUACUCUGAGUUCCCAGAAUCCCAACGCCUGAGGGUGAGAUGAACGCGCUGGCCUUCCUAGCCGUCCGGACCUGUGAUCGCUUCUGGCAGCCCGAGCCGGCGCUCCUACCCCCGGGGUGACGUGCAGUCCCCAGCCGCCCAGACACAUGGCCCCAGGCCAAGCACCCCAUCAGGCUGCCCGCUGGAGGGAUGCCCACCCUUUCUUCCUCCUGUCCCCAGUGAUGGGCUUCCUCAGCCGGGCCUGGAGCCGCCUGAGGGGCCCGGGACCUCCAGAGCCCUGGCUGGUAGAAGCAGUAAAAGGAGCAGAAGCUGGCCUGGAGGGAGAAGCUAAGACUCCUCUGACAACCCCCGCUACCCCUUGGGGCGGAUACUCUGAAGAGGAGGCUGAAGACAGUGGACGCCCUGAAGGGAACAGAGAAGAGCUGGACCUGAAAACCAGCACUUCCCUUCCUGAAGCCUGGGGACUUUCAGAUGAUGACAAUAAGUACAAUGAGGAAGAAGCAACCGGUGUCCCUAGAGGGCAGGGAAGUCAAUUUGCAGAUGGCCAGCGAGCUCCCCUGUCUCCCAGCCUUCUGAUAAGGACCCUGCAAGUUUCUGAUAAGAACCCAGGGGAGGAGAAAGCCAAGGAAGAGGGAGUUGCUGAAGAUGAGGGAGUCAACAGGUUCCCUUAUCCUCUGUCACACCGGGAGUGUUGUUCAGCGGUAGAGGAGGAGGACGAUGAAGAAGCUGCAGAGGAAGAAGCUUGCAGAACCUCCACUUCCGUCCUGUCUCCAGGAUCCAAGCCCGGCACUUGGGUGUCUUGCCCAGGGGAAGAAGAGAGUCAAGCCACGGAGGUCGACGGAAGAACAGAAAAAAGUCAAGGAGCCAGGGAGACCCCUGUGUCACCCACAUCUUCAGGCUCUUACUCCACGGCCUGGGAGUAUCAUUCAGGAGAGGCGUCCAAGGAGAAGGAAAAGGCACACGAAGAAGUUGCGAAAGGAAAAGCUGCCCCAGGGCCACACUCCUCAGCCCCAGCUCCGAGUCCCCAGCUCAGGGCCUGGCGAUGCCAACCCAGUGAUGAAGAGGAAGGUGAGGUCAAGGCUUUGGGGGCAGCCGAGAAGGAUGGAGGAGCUGAUCCUCCCUGCAUCCCUGCCGCAAGUGCCUUCCUGAAGGCCUGGGUGUAUCAGCCAGGAGAGGACACAGAGGAAGAGGAAGGGGAGGAAGAAGAUGAGGACAGUGACUCUGGAUCAGAUGAAGAGGGAGACGCUGAGGGUUCCUCUUCCACUCCUGCCACAGGUACCUUCUUGAAGGCCUGGGUGUAUCAGCCAGGAGAGGACACAGAGGAAGAGAAGGCGGAAGAUGAGGACAGUGAUACGGGAUCAGCUGAGGAUGAGGGAGAAGCUGAGACUUCCGCUUCCACACCCCCUGCAAGUGCUUUCUUGAAGUCCUGGGUAUAUCGGCCAGGAGAGGACACAGAGGAGGAGGAAGAUGAGGACAGUGAUACGGGAUCAGCUGAGGAUGAGGGAAAAGCUGAGACUUCUGCUUCCACACCCUCCGCAAGUGGUUUCUUGAAGGCUUGGGUGUAUCGGCCGGAAGAGGACACAGAGGAGGAAGACGAGGAUGCAGACAGUGAGGAUACGGAAGAUGAUUCAGAAGCAGCUGUGGGAGAAACUGAGUCAACCCCACAUCCAUCCCACCCAGCCCAGAGUGCCCGCUUCAGGGACUGGGUAUAUCGACCUGGGAAGAAGACAGAGGAAGAGGAAGCUACUGAGUACUGGGGAGAAACUGAGCCCUGCCCCUUCCGAGUGGCCAUCUAUGUACCCGGAGAGCAGCCACCGCCUCCCUGGGCUCCUCCCAGGUUACCCCUCCGACUGCAGAGGCGGCUCAAGCACCCAGAAUCACUGACCCGAGAUCUGGACCCUGAGACUCCCUUAAAGGCCAGAAAGGUCCACUUCUCUGAGAAGGUCACCGUCCAUCUGCUGGCUGUCUGGGCAGGGCCAGCCCACGCCGCCCGCCAGGGCCCCUGGGAGCAGCUUGCCCGGGAUCGCAGCCGCUUUGCACGCCGCAUUGCCCAGACCCAGGAGUUGCUGAGCCCCUGCCUCACCCUUACUGCCCGGGCCAGAGCCUGGGCACGCCUCAGGAACCCACCUUUAGCCCCCAUCCCUGCCCUCACCGAGACCUCGCCUUCCCCCUCUGUCCCUUCAUCCCCAGUUCAGGCCACACCCUUGAGCCAAGCUGUGGCCACACCCUCCCCCUCCUGUCUAGGUCCCCUGGACCUCAGUGGGAGGCGUGGCUAAGACCAACUGGUUUGCCUAUAAUUUAACUAUUUAUUUUUUUCUACGUGUGGGUUUAUGUAAGGAAUAAAGCCUUUUGAUUUGUAGC